ACAACAACUAAAUUAUUCAAUUGCAAUCAGUUCAGUGUAUAAUUUCAUUAAAGUUUUUUUGUAUUCAUCACCUGAAAAAUGGAUGAUACAGAGAUGUUUAAAAAACGAAGCGGAACAACCGACAAAGGGAAAGAAUACGAAAACAUUGCUAUAGCCAACAUCGUUUUACAAAUGGUAAGCGAUGAUCUCAUAAGCAACUUCCAGAUAUCGUCAAAUGAUAACAACUUCGGUGCAUUUGAUGAUGUAGUCAUCAAAAUCGAGUCGCAUCAAAAUGUCGUGGUAAAAGCAAUGCAGUUAAAACACAGUGAUCGAAAAACAUUAUCCUCGGAGCAUCUGAAAUCCGCAAAGGGAGACUUUAGUUUAGGCAAAUAUUUUGACUCUUUCCAACAACUAAAGAAUGUAGUACAAGAAUUUAUAAUUUUUACGAAUCGUUCAUUUGGUGUUAAGGAAGACGCAAAGUUUCAGCUACAAGGACAGAAGUUUUAUGUUCGACCUGUUAGAGUGUGCAGUUCACAUGACCACUUCGCAAUUUCAAAAAACGUAAAUUAUAUCUACAAAUUUGAAAUCGUAGAAGAUGCAUGGACUACAGAACAUAUCUCCGAAAUUCAAGAGUAUCAAACAUUUUUUUCGAAAUUGUUUCUUUAUACUAAUCAAGAAAGUUUUGACACACUGAGACAAUCAACAAUUGAAAAAUUUAGAACAACGUAUUCUUUGAAAGAAAAGGAUUUCGAUCAAUACUACAAAAUAAUAUCGGAAUGGAAUAUGAGAGAAGGAGACAAAGAAAAAUUGAACAAGAGAUGGAUGAAACGUGCUAUCGCGCUGGAGAUUUUGUCACCUCAUAUUGAGCCGUUAUGUUUUGAUGCCGUUAAUGACAAGAUGAAAAUAUUUCGAGAUGCUAUAUCCAUGUUCACUAUUACAUUAGUUGAAGAAAAUUCAAGUGAAAAUGCUAAAAUUUUGUGGGGUGAUGUUGCAAAACAAAAUAUUGACAUUGAAGAUAUAAACAGAAUAAGAAUAAACUACCAACUGUCAGUUGACGAUAUUAAUGCUAACGACGUUGAGAAAUUAAACUCAAAGUUAUUUUCGCAGUUGCUGUGGUUGAUGGAUAAAUGUCCUUUAAUAAUACGUGAGUUUAAAAAUUUUGAAAAAGCCGUCAAAUUGUGUGAAGAUCUAAAGUUCGUUGUGCUUGGUGACGGAAUGAAAGAGGAAUGGAUGACACACUAUUCGUUAUUCCAAAAUCUAUCAAACCUGAGCUUGAAGGGGGACUUUUACCAAAAAGUAAUGGAAACUUUUACUGUCUCUAUUCAAGGAAAGGAAGAAUUUAGCUUAAUGGCAGCUUUUGGAAAAACUGAAAAAUUUCUGGAAAAUGUGACGACGUCUGAUUUGAUGGGAAUGCUAAACGGACCAUGCUUUAUAGACGGAGAGAAAGAAAUACUGUCUGAACCUUAUAUCGAACGUCAUUUAUCGCAAAAUGUUAUAGAUAUUAAUUAUUUAGAAAAAGUACAUGAAAACACUGUUAACAUUUUACAAUACGCGGAUAAUUUUGAUAAAGUAAAGGAUAAACUUAAAAAAUACAAACUAAUUAAUGUUGACGAUUUUCCCAAAAAACAAAAUGAGAACGAUGAAGGCAUAACAGAAAAUGUAGUUAGUAAUGAAAGCGCGUUUAACGACAGUUUUGAAAAUACAGAUUUUCGUAAUAAAAUGUACAUCAGUAAUAAAAAACUUCGCGAAUCUAAGUUAAAACAAAUAUAUACGGAUAAUUCAAAAAUGCACAGGUUUCACUAUUUCAAAGUCGCAAACAACGGACAUUUGCAAUGGAUUCAAAGCAAAGGUGAUAUGAGUGACUUAGAAAAUUACAAAGUAUCUAACUGCUCUUUUACGCAUGAAAACUCCCUGUGGUCUUCUCAAUUGGAAAAUAACAUAAAUUUGAUAACUAGUGAUCCGGGAAUGGGUAAAUCUGAAUUGAUGAAAAGUUUCAAAAAUAAAUGUCCAUCGCAAAAUUGGACGGUUACAAUUUAUCCUAAAGAUGUCCAUUUAUUUUUUAAAUCUUUUAAAUUAAGUCAAGGAUCAAACUACCUAACUUGGUUUGAAAGAUUUAUAGUCAACGAAAAAUACGGCCCACUCAAAAAAUUAGACCAAAGUUUUUUCGAAAUGUGUUUAAAACAAAACCGUGUUGUGUAUGUUUGGGAUGGACUAGAUGAAAUUUUAAAGGAAUAUUUAGAUGUUGUUUCAGAUAUAAUACUUCAGCUAUCAAAAAGAGGUUUCGUUCAGUGGGUAACUAGUAGAAAACACCUCCAAACAUUUCUAGAGAAAAAAUUCAAUGUCCUCUCAAUUGGCUUAACUCAAUUUAGCGAUAAAGAACAACAAAAUUACAUAAAACAGCGACUCAAAUUUGUCAGUUCUGAAGUCGAAAUUGAGAUCACUAUUCAGAAAAUUAAAUCUACCUUUGUAAUUAUCGAACAUGUUGACAUAUUAGGAAUUCCGCUUCAGAUAUUUAUGCUCACGGAACUAUUUCGUCGAAACAACGAAAAGUACUUGGAACUUAUAAACAAUAAAUUUCGUUUAACGGACUUAUACCGCAAUUUUAUUGACGAAAAAUUUAACAUCUUCUACGAAAAUAAAAGUGCUUAUGAUCUUCAAAAUCCACAUAUGGUAGUUAUGGUUCGUCGAGAAAAGCAGAAGAUGUUAAAACACUACGAAAUACUUGCGUUAAAACUAAUAUAUCCCGAAUUUGUAUUAGAACGAUUAUACAUUAAUUACCAAAAAUCGGUCAAAAAAUUUUCGCGCAAUGACUAUGCGUCUGUUGGUAUCAUAACCGAAGUACAAAAUAACGUCCCACACUUUCUUCAUGGAUCCUUUGCAGAAUAUUUAGUUGCCACGUACUUAUCGAAAAAUUUUGCAAAUAUACCGACUGACAUAUUUUUUGAUCAGAAGUAUAAUAAUGUACGGUUUUUCUUUGAUAUGUUGUUAGCAGAGAACUCACCUGUUCAUCUGGCGGUAUUGUACAAAAAUUUUGACUUACUUAAAACAUACGAUGAAGAACUAUUAACACUCAAAGAUGAUGGCGGAAGAAGUGCUUUACAUUUGAUUUGCUCAUGGGGACAGAGGCAUCCCCAUGUUCAAGUAAUCCACGAAAGAAACAAAUAUAUUGUUGAUGAGGGUACCAGUUUUAAUGGUAAACCAGAAAGUAAAGAAUUUCUUGAAACACUAAUGUAUUUACAAAGUAAAAACAAUAAUUCAGUAAAUGAUUCAUUACUAGGGUUAACACCGCUAUUAUAUGCUAAUAAAAGCGAAACUCUAGCGGUAGAACUAAAAUUACUAUUAGAAACAGAAAAAAAUUCAGAACUCUAUCAGUCAUACACCUAUAAUGAUAGAAUAAAUCUUUUGUAUUACUCGGCUUUGCUUGGAUAUGACGACAUCAUUGAAUUGUUUAGUUCUCAAAAAUCACAUCAUUUUGACAUUAAUCUUAUUACAAAAUCUAACGGUGCUACUCCACUCAUCCUAGCUUGCGCAGGAGGAUACAAAAAAAUUAUUGAAUACUUAGUGAAUUCAGGCAACGAAAUAAAUCAAGCAGACAACAGUGGAAAUACCCCACUUUAUGUAGCUUCUCAGAAUGGCCACCACAUGAUUGUUGAAUUUUUAGUGAAAUCAUGCGCCGAUGUCAAUCAUGCUAACAAAAGUGGUUCUACCGCGCUUCACAGUGCCUCUUUGAACGGUUAUGAAAAAAUUGUAGAAUGUUUAGUUAAAUCAGGGGCCGAAAUAAAUCGUCUAGAUAACGAUGGUUUCACACCGUCUUUUUUAGCCUCAAAAAACGGCCACUUACAAAUUGUCCAGUACUUAGUAAAAUCCGGUGCGGACUUAAAUCGUUCCGUCUGUACUUGUUGCGGCCCGCUUGACGCAGCUUCUCACAAUGGUCACGCAAUAGUUCUUGACUAUUUAAUAAAAUCAGGUGCCGAUAUCAAUCACGCUAAUAAAAGCGGUUCUACCGUACUUCACAACGCUGCCUUGAACGGCCAUGAAAAAAUUGUAGAACGUUUAGUGAAAGCAGGGGCAGAAAUAAAUCGUCCAGAUAACAAUGGUACUACACCACUUUAUCUAGCUUCACAAAACGGCCACUUGGAAACUGUCAAGUACUUAGUAAAAUCAGGAGCCGAAGUCAAUCGAUAUCUCAAUACUGGGUAUUCACCUCUUUACAUAGCCUCCCAAAUGGGUCACGAAAUGAUUGUUGAUUUCUUAAUGAAAUCAGGUGCUGAUAUCAAUCAUGCUAACACAAACGGUCGUACCGCCCUUCAUAACGCUUCAGUACACGGCCACGAAAAAAUUGUGGAAAACUUAGUGGAAUCAGGGGCUGAAAUAAAUCGAGCAGACGACCAUGGCUUUACACCGCUUUAUGUCGCUUCGAAAAAUGGUCGCGAAGCAAUUGUUGAAUAUCUAGUGAAAGCCGGCGCCGAUAUCAAUCACGCUAGUGAAAAUGGUUUUACCGCGCUUAGUACGGCGUCCAUGAACGGCCACAAAAAAGUUGUGGAAUACUUAGUGAAAUCAGGCGCCGAAAUAAAUCGAGAAAGUGACGAAGGCUUUACACCGCUUUACGUAGCUUCACAAAAUGGCCACGAAUUAAUAGUUGAAUAUUUAGUGAAAUCAGGUGCCAAUAUCAAUCAAGCCACGAAAAACGGUUUUACUGCACUUUACAUUGCUUCUAUUACAGGCCAUGAAAAAAUUGUAGAGUGCUUAGUGAAAUCAGGAGCGGAAAUAAAUCGUCCAAAUAACGACGGCUCCACACCCCUUUACGGAGCGUCACAAAACGGCCACGAAGUAAUUGUUGAAUUCUUGAUGAAAUCAGGCGCCGAUGUCAAUCACGCUGAUAAAGAUGGUUUUACUGCGCUGGGUACGGCUACCUUAUACGGUCAUGAAAAAAUUGUGAAAUACUUAGUGAAAUCAAGCGCCGAUAUCAAUCACGCUAACAAAAACGGUUUUACCGCACUUGAUACAGCUUCUUUUAAGGGCCAUGAUAAAAUUUUAGAAUGCUUAGUGAAAGCAGGAGCCCAAAUAAAUCGAGCAGGUACUUAUGGUGUUACACCGCUUUAUUUAGCUGCAGGAAGCGGCCACUUACAAAGUGUCAAAUGUUUAGUGAAAUCCGGCGCAGAAGUAAAUUGUUCCUCUAAUUGUGCACCACUUGAAGUUGCUUCUCAAAAUGGUCACGAAGUUGUUGUUGAUUUCUUAAUGAAUUCAGGAGCGAAUAUCAAUCAUGACAAUACGGAAGGCUUUACCGCCUUGCAUAGCGCUUCCAUGAAAGGCCAUGAAAACAUUGUAGAAUGCUUAGUGAAAUCAGGGGCCGAAAUAAAUCGUCCAGAUAACCGUGGUUUGACACCGCUUUUCUUAGCUUCAAAAAACGGCCACUUACAAAUUGUCAAGUACUUAGUUAAAUCCGGGGCGGAAUUAAAUCUUUCCAAGUGUGUUUGUUGUACACCGCUUGACGCCGCUUCUCAAAAUGGCCACGCAAUAAUUCUUGAAUUUCUAAUAAAAUCAGGUGCCGAUAUCAAUCAUGCUAAUAAGAGUGGUUUUACCGUGCUUCAUAACGCUUCUCUGAACGGCCAUGACCAAAUUGUAGAAUGUUUAGUGGAAACAGGAGCCGAAAUAAAUCGUCCAGAUGAUGAUGGUUUUACACCGCUUUACUUAGCUUCACAAAACGGCCACUUGCAAACUGUCAAGUACUUAGUAAAUUCAGGCGCCGAAGUCAAUCAGCUCAACAAUGCUGGGUGUUCACCACUUUACAUAGCCUCUCAAAUGGGUCACGAAAUAAUUGUUGAAUUCUUAGUGAAAUCAGGCGCUGAUAUGAAUUGCGCCAAUAAAAACGGUUUAACUCCGCUUGGUAGAGCUUCCUUGAACGGGCAUGAAAAAGUUGUAGAAUGCUUAGUGAAAUCAGGGGUCGAGAUUAAUCGAGCAAAUAACGAUGGUUUUAAACCACUUUACUUAGCUUCCCAAAACGGGCAUUUACAAAUUGUCAAGUGCUUAGUGAACUGUGGAGCUGAAGUAGAUCCUCCCACGAAUCUUGGAUCUAUACCGCUUCACACGGCUUCUCAAAAUGGCCACGAAUUAAUUGCUGAGUUCUUGGUGAAAUCAGGCUCCGAUGUCAAUCACGCUGAUAACAACGGUUCUAUCGCCCUUCACAAAGCGUCUUCAAACGGUCAUGAAAAAAUUGUAGAAUGCUUAGUAAAAUCAGGGGCCGAAAUAAAUAGUCCAGAUAACGAUGGUUUUACUCCGCUUUAUUUAGCUUCACAAAAUGGCCAUUUACAAACUGUCAAAAUCUUAGUGGAAUCUGGAGCUGAAAUAGACCGUUCCACGAAUCUUGGAUGCAUACCGCUUCACACGGCUUCUCAAAGUGACCACGAAUUAAUUGUUGAAUUCUUAGUGAAGUCAGGCGCCAAUAUCAAUCGCGCUGCCGAAAACGGUUUAACGGCGCUUCUUUCCGCUUCCUUUAAUGGCUAUCAAAAAAUUGUUGAAUGCCUAGUGAAAUCAGGGGCCGAGACAAAUCGAGCAAAUAACCAUGGUUUUACACCGCUGUUCGUAGCUUCACUAAACGGUCACUUUGAAACCGUCAAGUGCUUGGCGAAAUCCGGAGCUGAAAUAGAUCGCCCCACAAAUUUAGGAAUUGAACCGCUUCACGUAGCUUCUGAAAAUGGCCACGAAUUAAUUGUUGAAUUCUUGGUGGAAUCAGGGUCCGAGAUAAAUCGAACUGACAACGACGGUUUUACACCCCUUUACGCAGCUUCACAGAACGGCCACUUAGAAACUGUCAAGUAUUUAGUGAAAUCGGGAGCCGAAAUAGAUCCUCCGGCAAGUCUUGAUCUUAUACCGCUUCACAUAGCUUCGCAAAAUGGCCACGCCAUAAUUGUCGAAUUUUUAGUGAAAUCAGGCGCCGGAAUCGACCAUGCUAAUACAAACGGUUUUAUCGCCCUUCACAAAGCUUCUAUGAAUGGCCAUGAAAAAAUCGUUGAAUACUUAGUGAAAUCAGGGUCCGAGAUAAAUCGAGCAAAUAACGACGGUUUCACAUCGUUGUUCAUGGCUUCACAAAAAGGCCAUUUACAAACUGUCAAGUACUUAGCGAAAUCCGGAGCUGAAAUUGAUCGUUCCACAAAUCUCGGAAUUGCACCACUGCACAUAGCUUCUGCAAAGGGCCAUGAAUUAAUUGUCGAAUUCUUAGUGAAAUCGGGGGCCGACAUAAAUCGAACAGAUGACAACGGUUUUACACCUCUUUACGCAGCUUCGCACAACGGCCAUUUGGAAACUGUUAAGUACUUAGUGAAAUCGGGAGCCGAAAUAGAUCAUCCGACGAAUCUUGGUCAUACACCGCUUCACCUAGCUUGUGCAAAUGGCCACGAUUUAAUUGUAGAAUUCUUGGUGAAGACAGGGGCCGAAAUAAAUCGAGCAGAUAAUGAUGGUUUUACACCGCUUUGCAUAGCUUCACAAAAAGGCCACUUACAAACUGUCAAAUACUUAGUGGAAUCAGGAGCCGAAGUCAAUCUUACUAAUAAUACUGGCUGUACACCACUUUAUGUAGCUUCUCAAAUGGGUCACGAAAAUAUUGUUAAAUUGUUAGUGAAAUCCGGAGCCGAAAUAAAGCCAGCUAAUAACGAUGGUGCUACAACCCUAUAAAAACUAAAAUGUAUCAUGCAAACGUGAUCAACCAAAUUUAUUUAUUUUUUAAUAAUUUUUUGGAUUAUUGGAUUAAAAUGAACAUAAACCUAAAUAUAUCAUCGCUCUUCACCUUUGCUUUCCUCUAAAAUAUUUUAUUUUCUAAAAAAAAGUGGCUAUUCGUCCAAGGGAUUCGCUUACGCUCGGGAAGUAAAAAUCAGCUUCAUGAUUUUGAAUUAAGUAUAUAAUUUAUGUCAGGUUGCAUUUGUCUAGUGAUUCGAAAAGAAAAAAAGAAAAAACUCUAACUGCAUUUUCGGUUAAGUUUAUAGCAAUUAUUUUCAAUAUUUUCUAUUUUUUAGCGUAUAUUUUUCGAUUCAGUCCAAAUUGUUUAUAUUGUACCUUACAAACAAAGAUUCACUUAAGUAUGCUGAAGUUAUAAGCAGUUUUUGUUUUCUUUGUCUAAUAUCACUAGUUUACAAGGUUUUAUAUCCAAAGACAAAAAUAGCUGAAUCUAAAGGAUUUGGGUUCGGGAAAUUCAAAUCUGAAAGCAGAAAAAAUCUAUAACGUCAGGUUUUUGAAAUAUUUAUAUAAACAUACCCCGUAUUUUUUUUCUUUUAUACAACUCUUGUAAAAUUUUUAUUUUUAAAUAUAUAUGAACAUAUAGUUCUUUGAGCAAAUUUGUAUCAUUUUAAAAGAUCAUUUACGUAAAUAAAUAACAUGAGUGUUAAUUUUUCAAGCUACUAGAUUGUCAUCAAUGUUUUAUUUAAAAUUUUUCAAGUAUUUAUUUUAGAAUAAUUGGUUGCUUUUGAUUUUUCGACGGGAAGUGAUAAUAAAAAUGUGAGGUUGGCCUCACAAAGAUCUUUUAAAAUGAUACAAAUUUGCUCAAAGAAAUACAGGUUUAUCUUUAAGAAUAAAGAAGUUACAGGGGUUGUAUCAAAUAAAAGCAACACCCAGUAUAUAUUAUAAACAUUAUGACUGAAAAUUAAAAAUUAUAAACAGUAGCUUUUCUUUUAUUGACAGUACUGACAGUUUCCCUUAUAAUAGACCAACAGUAACACAUUUUCGUCCCAAAAUCCUUGUUACCUUCUUUUUAAGCAUAUUUGAACGGGUCUUGCUUUAGGUACUAUAAUUUUACCAUAAACGUAACAAAACUGAUUUGCACUUACUUUGCACGAUCUCGAAAACAUUUUUUAUGUGACAAUGAUGUAUUAACAUGAAUCAGUUUGACACUAACGUGGAGGUAAGAGCAAAGUUCAUUAUUUUUGAUUUAUGAAAAAACCUGACGUGAUAAGGAUAAUCCGUUUUUGGAUUUGUUAUCAGUAAGUAAUUUAGAAGUAAAAAAUAUUUUUUUUAUUUUUGGAUACGAAAAAAAGUUUAAAUUUGUAAACUAGUGUAUUUAGAGCGAAUUUCUAAUAACCUUAAGGUAUUCCAUCCAACAUUAUUCUAUCAUGUAUGCACAAGAGGAUGCUCUUCUCAAUACCCGAAUGUGUGCUAUAGAUUAACAUUGUCAAUUACAUAUUUGCGUUUGUUUGUCGUCAACAAAUGCAGAAUCCUGAUCAGAGCCAUGGUUACCAGAAACUUUUAAAACACAAGAAUUAGAAGCAGGACGUACCAGGAAAUUUACGUCUUUAUAACCGACAGACAAGAGGAGUUUAAAUCAUCGCUGCAGGGGGUUUCUUCAAAACAAGGCUAAUCCCUUAAGCCGCAGCUGUUUGGGGAAUAAAGAAACUAAUGUAACUAAAACUACUUCAAGGACGAGGACUGGUAGAUAUCUGCUGAACAACUUUGUUUCGAAUUUUAAUAUUGUAAUUUAAGUUAAUUUAUUAGAUAUGUGAGGGUUCAGGUCCAGAUUAUAUUUAUUAUUAUAACAACAUCUGUAACAGUGUCGAGUUAUUCACUAUAAGUCUAUAAAUAAUUUACUAUGUAUCAUUUUUAUAUGUACUUAUUAAUAUUAACUAAUUUUGUAUUUAUAUCUAUUGUAUAUAUCUA